AUGUUGCGAAGUCAUUUAGAUUUAAUAGGCCGAAACGAGCCGAUACAAAGGAAAGCAAAAUUCUGGCAAUCAUACGUAAGAGCACUCAAAGGUACCGACGACAUGAGAGCACCAGAAUCGUCGAGACGACCCUACGGUAUUUUCCGGCCUCUAUUGACUUCCGAAUUUCCCGACUAUGCUUGGCCACAUUCAAAAUCAAUUUACGACGAUCCAAUUCAUGCUCACGACAGAGUCACAUCACCCGGAUACCGUUACGAUCCCGUAUCACGGGAAACUUACGGAAUGUCACCCAGGAACAUUUAUCCCCAUCACUAUCCCACUAGGUACCGACCAGGUCGAUACUACAACCCCUACACCAACUACCACGGCUACGAUCCCAUGUACUUGGGAGAAAAAGAACCGGAAGAUAAAGAGCCUUAUUUGGAUUCGUUUACAAAAGAACAUCCUCAUUACUACCAUCCUCACCAUUCGACACCGAUAUAUACCGCGAGUAAACCGUGGAAUUACACUCCUCUUCCUUUGCAUCAUAGCAAUCCGUUGCCAAAGAGAGAUUACACGCCGAAAUUGGUCACGCCAAGUGAUAAAUUAGGUUACGAUUUUCAAGGACAGCCCAUAUAUACGCGUGGAGGACUAACUAGGCGACCGUUAAGCGAAUUAUUGGAACCGAAUACGAGUUUAUACUGGCCGAGCGUUGUUAGGGAUCCCUGGUGGUGGGAUUAUCCCGAAUUGAAACCUUAUCAAUCGUCGUACAGGCCCUUAUAUUCAACUCCGUUACCUUAUCACCUUCGCGAUAGUUAUUUAUCACCGGUGAAACGACAAUAUCUUUGGACAAAACAUCCGAUACGUCCAUUUUGUAAGUUUUUCUUCUUUCCCCUUUUUCUUCAUUUUUUUUACUACGAAUACUAA